ACCAUGGUCAAGGGUGGUCGCGGUGGCUCCAAGAAGAAGGCGACGUCUCGCUCGGCGAAGGCGGGCCUCCAGUUCCCGGUCGGGCGCGUGCACCGGCACAUCAAGCUCGGCCGCUACGCCUCGCGCAUCGGCGCGGGCGCGCCGGUCUACCUGGCCGCCGUCCUCGAGUACAUGGCGGCCGAGGUGCUCGAGCUCGCGGGCAACGCCGCGCGCGACAACAAGAAGUCGCGCAUCAUCCCCCGGCACAUCACCCUCGCGGUGCGCAACGACGAGGAGCUCAACAAGUUCCUCGGCGGCGUGACCGUCGCGCAGGGCGGCGUCCUCCCCAACAUCCACUCGGUGCUCCUGCCGAAGAAGUCGAAAAAGGAGUAGUUUCUUUUCCCUUCAACCAACCCCGGUGUUUCUAAACACCACCCUUCUCUCGAGGCCUUCCCCCCUCCCCUCACCCUAUCACCUCGUGGGGUCCACGAAAGCUCGUGGCACGUGGGGUCCACGAAAGCACCGCUUGGCGGUGUCCUAUCUGAAAAGGACAGGUUCAUGAAGGGCGCCACGCGCCCCCGCUCGCAGGCCCAGUCGUACCUCCCGCACUCCACUUGCCCUUCGCAACUUCCCCGUGCCCGGUGGUUUUUCCAUGUAUGUGGCUCUUGCGUACAUUCCCGGAGGAAGACAUAUUUCUAGAGCGU